AUGAAUGUUUUUAUAAUUUUUGCUAUUUUUGUUGGUUUUUCUUCGGCUAGCCAUAUUUGUUUAGAUUCGCCUUGUUCGAGUUUUGUAAGUUUUUUGAUUUCCAAAAGUUCAACUGCGAUACAGGGUAGUAACAAAAACAAUCCCGUCAUGAGGUCCUAUGGGAACAUUUUCAACCGAAUUGAAAAUGUUAUUUUUAAAUUCUUUGAGCAUCAUAAAAAUGAUGUGGAUAACUCUCAUAAAAACGAUUCAGAUUUGCGCUGCAAUAAUAUCAUUUCUUCUUAAUUCACUUCUAACUUUAUUAAUUGUCAAUAAAUCUCCAAAACAUCUUGGGGCCUAUAAAUAUCUAAUGUUGUACAUAUCUUGGUUCGAGAUAGUUUACUCUUUUAUUGAUGUUAUUGUAUGUCCCAUUAUAUAUUCCUCGGGUUCUCUUUACAUGGUAAUAGUUCUGGCAAAAGAUUCGAUUUUUCCAAAGAAUGUGCUUAUGAUUCUUGAUUGUGUUUGGGCUGGCUUUUUUGGAACAUCAAUGGGUAUAUUUUCGAUCCAAUUUGUCUAUCGAUACUUAGUUGCCAUAGGUUCUAAACAUUUGGUAUUGUUCAAAGGUUUUAAAUUAGUAUAUUGGAUGUUGAUACCGUUUGCAACUGGAACAUCCUGGGGAAUGAUUUGUUACUAUUUCAUUCCACAAACAUCAAUGAUAGAUAAUAAGAUGAGAAAUACUUUGUUAGAUGUUUUCGAUUGGAACAUCGAAGAUAUAACUUAUAUUGGUCCCUACUUUUUCGAGAUCAAUGAAACCGAUGGAUCGAUCGAAUAUUUCAUUGAUUCAGUUGUCGGAAUUGCAGCUGUUUGGUUGAUUCUUGUGUUUUCGUUGAUUUUCAUGCUAGUUUUCGCAGUAAAAUGUUAUAUGAGAAUAAACACUCGAAUAACAAACAAUAAGAGCAUUUCACAACGUUUUGGAAACUUGCAAGCUCAAUUAUUUUACGCAUUAGUAGCCCAAACGACGAUUCCCGUAAUUUUGAUGCAUUUCCCAGUAUCCUCCAUAUUCUUGUUUACACUUCUAAAUCGAGAUAUCGGAAAAUUCGGUGGAAUUGUAUCUAUUACAAUUGCUCUUUUCCCUGCAUUAGAUCCAUUGCCAACAAUGUUUAUAAUAAAAAACUAUAGAUUGGCUAUUUUCAAAUUCAUAAAAGAUAUCAAAUCGUGUUUCAAAUCAACAGAACCUAGAACCAAAGAAAAGUUUUGAAGGUCUAUUUUCAACGAUUUUGUUUUUAGAACGUCGAAGCAGAUAUUGUAUUAGUGGUUGAUUCAUCAAAUGCUUUUUCCCAAGUAGUUUUCGAACAAAUUCGAGCAUUCAUUUAUAAGUUUGUUAACACAUUAACAAUUUCACCAAUCGAUUCACAAGUUGCGAUAUAUGCCUAUGGAACAUCUGCUCAGUCCGUUAUCAGUUUGACUGGUGGAUCACAAAUUUCCCAAUUGCUCGGAGCCAUCAACUCAACAUUGAAAUACCAAGGAUCAUUGGAAAAGAACUUAUUCCAGUAUAUUCCUUCUCAAAUGUGUUUUAAGAAUUUAUUUGAUUUUCAGAGCUCUUGCCAAAGUCUCAGCUGAAGUUACAACCAAUAGCGGUCUCCGUAAUGCUGAUUACAAGAAAAUUUUAGUUGUAAUUUCUGGAGAAAAAUGGACUGGCAAUCAAGUUAUCGGCAGCUCCAUUCUUACACAACUUCAACAAACUUAUAACAUUCUUUCUGUUGGUGUUGGAUCUAACUCAAUCACAGACCAAGCUUCUGAUCUUAUCAAUCUCCCAGGUGUAACAGGAAACACUUUCUUCGCAGCAUCGCUUGAUCAACUUGCGUAUAUUUCCGCGUGGAUUGCUUCUAACUCAUGUUCCGGAACUCCAUCUUCAACAAUCGCACCACCAUCAACUCCGCUUCCUUCACAAUCCCCAUCCGUCAGUUGUCCAUUGGGAAGUUUGAAUUACGACGUUUACUUGAUCUUAGAUGUUUCAAAUGCAGCUUCAGCGGCCGAUUUUGCAGCGGUAAGUAUGAAGUACAGGACAUAGUGCAAACUAUUCUUCAGAUGAAAUCGGCAGUUCUCGAUUUUAUUGCUCCUUUCCCAGUAGCUGAUGGUAAGACCCAAUUUGCUCUUGUUACAACAGGAAUGGAUUCCGAACUUUAUUACACUGCAUUCCAUAAAGGACAAUCCAGGUAUAACUGAAAACAUUGAAAAUGAGACAUCUCAAAAUGUAUUCAGAUCUGAUAUCAUCAAUGCCGUCAGUAAUCUUCUUCAAGAUACAACAUCUGGACAAACUUUGAACACGUAAGUGAAUAGAGGAAAACAUUUACAACCUCCUUUAUUCUUGCAGAGCACUUUAUGCUGCUCAAAGUUAUCUUUCUCUCAAUUAUUCUACCCAAAACAAGAUUCUUGUUUAUUUCACAUCAACAACAGCUUGGGAUGUCAGUCCAAUUUCAACAAUGCAAACUCUCAAAUCAAAAUAUCAAGUAUCACCAUUGGCUGUUCAAUGGGGAGCAAAGGCAGCAACAUCCGAUUUAACAAACUUCGCUGGUUCGAAUUGUGUCAACACAUACUCAAACAAGCAAAAUUCGGCAGUUUGGCUUCAACAAAAAAUGUGUUCAAAAGUGUUUUGUUAA